AUGUCAGAAGAUAAUCAUAAAAACAUUAUUAUUACGAUAAAAUUUCCUGAAUAUGAUAUCAGCGAUCUCAAAUUUACCCUCCAAAAGAAAGAAACUUGCUUUAAUCUAAAAAAUCUAAUUAGCAAGAAAACGCACUUUCCUCUAGAAGACAUUGUUUUGGAGUAUAAUCGUCAAGAGAUAGACGAUGCUGCCCUUAUUACAAAAGAUUUUCAAGAACAUUCAAUUAAAUGUUAUAUACACGAAAAUUCCGAAGCUAAAGAAAACAAACUUAAUCAAAGUAACCUAGACAUACCGAAAUCUAAGAUAGAUUUCAUAACUCGACUAGGAUAUAAUAGCAAUUUCGUUUAUAAAGCUUUGCAAGAGACAAAUGGAGAUAUAGAUAAAACUCUUUUAUUACUUACAUCAACUGCAAUAAACCAAUCUCGAAUAUCUCAAAGUCAUUCUGAAUCUUCAGAUGAACCCGUUUUAUUAACAAAAUCAUCUGAAAGUAGUAGUGACUCUGAAAGUAGCAACUAUACUGCCUCUAAUGAGCCUCAACCUGUUCAAAAGAAAAAGAUUAUUCCUGUCAAAGCUUCGGAUUACUCGAGUGAUUCAGAAUCAUCUGACGAAAGUACUAAUCGUACAUAUGGAUCUACACGGAAAUACAAGAGGCAAAAAAGCACUCCUCAACUUUCUACAAAAGAAUUAGCAACUGAAGUUGUUAUUAUAGAUACAUCAAAGCGAAAUUACCUUGACUUAUUCGAACAAUGUAAAACUCUUAAUGAAAAACAAAUUUAUUUGAAAUUAUUAGUUUUAGUCAGAAAAUGUCCACAUGUAAGUCACGAAACAUACUACAAAAUGCUAGAAAACACUGAUGAGAAAUCAAACUUCAUUGCAAUUGAUAAAAAAAAGCAAAGGCUUAGCAUUGCAGCGAAAAAGAUUAAACCUGGACUUUCUCCUGACGUUUUUGAAUCACAGUUCCCUCGAGUAAGGUUUGAUCCAAGCGAAGCUAUAUUUAUGCCACAUUCAAGUCAAGAAAGAUACGAUCCAAGGAGGAAACCUAAACAAAAACCGUCUAAACCGGUAGCAACUAUCAAAACUCCUCCUAAAAAUGUGGAAUCAACUGAAGAAAAUCAGUCCGAAACUUCAAAUGAUGAACAUGUAACUCUUGAUAUUAUUGACCCUUCAAAUAACGAAGAUAACACUAGGAAAGAUAAUAAAACCUCUUCAAAAGAAAAUCUAGUUGCUUCUCUUCAGAAUUUUCCAUUUAAAUUCAAUGAAAUUGAAAGUGAAAAAUCAGAUCAAGAAGAUAAUGAUGCAAGUGAUCCAGUCAUUAUAGAUAAGAUAACUCAAGUUGCGGAAUAUAGUACGGAUGAUCCAAAAUCAAAUGAAGAAUCUCAUUUGCCAAACACUCAAAAUUGGUCAAUAGAAUCCAAUGUUAUUGCUGACCAAAGUCCAGAACCAGUCGAAAUAGACAAAAAUCAAUCAUUAAUUGCAAGAGUCAGAGAAAUUGUUAUUUCAGAAGAUAUUGCAAAGGAAUUGUUGGACAAAUCAAACAACAAUCCUGAACUGGCUGCAGUUGAGUUCUUUAAGAAGUUACUUCAUUGA